AUGAGCCUUCGCGAUCUGAUCGAGGGUGAGGCGAUUAUGGAUGAUGAGGAUGACAAUGACGAGGGUGUUGCAGACGACUACGAUGGCGAGGGCCGCGAGGGUGCGGGCACCCAGAUGCACUACAAUGACUCAAGUGAGGAAGAAGACGAAGAAGAGGACGACGAGGAGGCUGCUCGCGCCGUCCGUGAAGGCUUUAUUGUCGAUGAGGAAGAGGAGGAGGAACGCGCCGCUCGCAAACACAGGAAACGUUCACGACCCAGCCGUGAAGAAGAGCAUCUUGACGAGGAAGAUCUGGAGCUCAUUGGAGUUACUCCGAGUCAGCAGCGUGGACCCGCCACAGAGUCAAAAUUCAAGCGCUUGAAGCGAGGCAAGGACCGCGAGAGCCAACAACCAGUCCAUGGCAUCGACGAUAUCUUCAACUCGGACGAGGAAGAGGAAGCACAGCAGUAUGCUCAACCGGGUCAGCGCCGUGGCCUGCGCGAUGAGAUGGACGACUUCAUUGAAGAGGAUACCUUCUCUGACGACGAGGCCCAGCUCGAACGAGAUGACCUAGGCGUAGCGCCGGCUUCUAGAGUCAACAAGACCGGUCUGAUUCCGACGGAUACUUCGGGCUUGGAUGAAAAUGCGCUUGAGGAUAUGCGUGCUGCGUUCGGUGACGGCACAGAAUACGAUUUCGCAUUGCAGCUGGAGGAGCAAGAGGACGCCGAGAAGCAAACCGAAGAACGCCAUCUAGACUUGAAAGAUGUCUUCGAACCGUCCGAGCUGGCCGAGAGAAUGUUAACGGAGGACGAUAAUGAGAUUCGUCUCCUCGAUGAGCCCGAACGUCACCAAGUUGCUCGCAAGCCGUACAAACAUGUGACGUUGACCGAGGAUCAGUUCCGGGAGGAAGCAGUCUGGAUCUCGAACCUGAUGUUGCUCAAGAAGCGUAUGGAUCCCGAACUGCGCGAACCUUUCCAGCGCUCCGUUGCCAAGAUGUUGGAGUUCCUGAUUACAGAUGAUUGGGAGGUACCCUUCAUCUUCCAGCAUCGCAAGGAUUACAUGAUUCAUGCUGUCAAGGAGAUGGCCAAUGGUGCCGAUCCUGAUGACGAGUCCGCAAAAUAUGAGCUCCGCGCCGAAAAACUCCUGAACAUGACCGAUCUAUGGGAUAUUUUCGACCAUGAUCUCAAGUUCCGUGCUUUGGUCGACAAGCGUGGUACAAUCCAGAAGACAUAUGACAGCCUACAGAGUCUAUUCAACAUCACUGAUCCCAUUGUGGAGGAUCUACUUGUCGGAGCCGCGACCAUGGAGGAACUCCAAGAUGUGCAGGAUUACAUACAUUUCCAGUACUCCUCACAGCUGCGUGAUCUGAACCAGGUGAACGGUGAGGCCAACGGGGAAACCCAACGCCGAAAAGCGACUAGCAAAUCUUUCUUUGAGCGGAUCCGGAAUGGCAAAGCGUAUGGUCUCGUGCGUGCUUUUGGCAUCACUGCAGAUGCAUUCGCUCAGAACGCCUCUAAAGAAGGACGUCGCCAAUACACCGAGGAUCCCUCCGACCAUCCUGACGGGUUGGCAGAUCAGUUCGUCGACAACGAUUUCUCGAACAGCUCACAUGUCCUUAAGGCCGCUAAGUCGAUGUUCGCCGAGGAACUUGCCCUUAGCCCGAAAAUGCGCAAGGUGAUGCGCCAAGCCUACUACAUGAAUGGAGUUGUCGAUUGCUUCCGCACCGAGAAAGGACUGCGCCGGAUUGACGAACAACAUCCCUAUGCCGAGUUCAAAUAUUUGCGGAAUCAGCAGCUCAGUGAUAUCGCCCGUCGCCCGGAGAUGUUCUUGCGCAUGCUCAAAGCUGAGGAAGAGGGUCUCGUCGAUGUCCGGGUGCGGUUCGAGAACUUUGACCAAUUCCGCUCACGUCUUUACGCCGAUAUCGAAUCCGACAAUUACAGUGAGCUGGCCGACGCUUGGAACCGCGUUCGCCGCGAGGUUCUGGAUUUGGCCCUGGGCAAACUGGAGAAAUUGAUUAAUCGCAGCGUUAAGGAGAAUAUCCGCCAGGAAUGUGAGAACCAUGUGGCUAAGGAGUGCCGCGAAGCCUUCGCACAACGUCUCGACCAGGCUCCUUAUAAGCCCAAGGGCAUGAUUCUGGGUACAGUGCCUCGUGUUCUUACACUCUCUACUGGAUCUGGACAGGUAGGCCGUGAUCCCAUUCACUGGGCUUACACAGAAGAAGAUGGCCGCGUUCUGGAGAAUGGUAAAUUCGUCGAUCUUUCGUUGGGAGAUGAAAGCCGUGGCAUAGCCGAUGGCGAAAAUGUGGCCGCCUUGGUGGAUUUGGUAGAUCGUCGUCGACCGGAUGUCAUUGGUGUUUCUGGUAUGACGCCGGACACCCGCCGCCUCUACACGCUAUUGUGCGACAUCGUCGAUCGGAAAGAUAUGCGUGGUGCAUCCUACACAAAUGACCACGAUGAGGAAGUCAGCGAUCCCUUAGAGGUGGUCAUUGUCAAUGACGAGGUCGCCCGUCUGUACCACAACAGUCCCCGCGCCAAAAUUGACAACCCAGGCUUUGGUCCUUUGACCCACUACUGUGUGGCCCUAGGCCGGUACUUGCAGAGCCCGCUCAAGGAAUAUGCGUCAUUGGGCCGCGAUAUUGUGUCCAUCCAGUUCAAGCCCGGCCAGCAAUUGGUGUCCCAGGAUCUGCUCCUCAAGCAGCUCGAGACCGCUCUGGUUGACAUGGUCAACUUGGUCGGCGUCGAUCUCAACGAGGCUGUGGCCGACACGGCCACGGCCAAUCUCCUGCCGUAUGUUUGUGGCCUUGGGCCUCGCAAGGCGGCUCACUUGCUUAAGAUUGUCAACAUGAACGGCGGACUCGUUAAUAACCGAGUGGAACUGCUUGGUGUCAACGCGACCUAUCCCGCUAUGGGUGUGAAGGUCUGGAACAACUGUGCCAGUUUCGUCUACAUCGAUUUUGAGAAUGCUGAUCCGGAUGCCGAUCCACUCGACAACACACGUGUGCAUCCUGAAGAUUACGAUAUCGCACGUAAGAUGGCUGCCGAUGCUCUGGAGUUGGACGAGGAAGAUAUCAAGGCCGAGACCGAUGAAAAUGGCACGGGCGCUAUUAUGCGGAAAUUGUUCCGGGAAGAAGCACAGGACCGUGUCAAUGAUCUGAUCUUGGAGGAGUACGCAGAGCAGCUCGAGAGGAAUCUGAACCAACGCAAGCGGGCUACCCUCGAGACAAUCCGUGCCGAGUUGCAACAGCCUUACGAGGAGCUGCGCAAGCAGUUUGUCUUCCUUGGUACCGAUGACAUCUUCACAAUGCUCACUGGCGAGACGCCUGACUCUUUAAUACCUGGAAUGGUGGUGCCCAUCGCCAUCAAGCGAGUAUUCGAGGAUCACAUUGAGGCCAAAUUGGACUGCGGAGUUGAUGUGCUCGUGGCCGAGACUGAACUCGGUGUCCCUUACGACAUCCCUGUACGCAAUGCAUACCAAGUCCACCAGACUGUUCCAGCGAAGAUUCUGUUCUUGAAUCGCAAGGGCUUCUCCUGUAAUGUCACUCUGCGUGAAGAGCAGGUCAGCCAGCCCCUUCGUCGAAACCAGGCCCAUGGCUUUGGCGAUUGGGACGAUGCCCAAGAGCGAGCCGAUAAGGAGUCGCUGCAGGAGAAAACGCAGCGUGGUGGUCAGGCCAUGCGUGUCAUUAAGCACCCACUCUUCCGGCCGUUCAACUCAACUCAGGCAGAGGAGUUCCUGGGCUCUCAGAGCCGAGGUGACGUUGUUAUUCGGCCGUCCUCCCGAGGCCACGAUCACCUGGCUAUCACCUGGAAGGUGGCACAAGGCGUGUACCAACACAUUGACGUUCUUGAGUUGGAUAAGGAGAAUGAAUUCUCCGUCGGCCGUGUUCUGAAAGUCGGAGGUCGCUACACUUACAGCGAUUUGGAUGAUCUCAUUGUCAACCACGUCAAAGCGAUGGCUAAGAAGGUCGAUGAGAUGAUGCUGAACGAGAAAUUCCAGGAUGGUAGCAAGACCGAGACCGAUCAAUGGCUCGAGACCUACACCAAGGCCAAUCCUCGCCGUUCAGCAUAUGCAUUCUGCAUCAAUCCCAAAUACCCCGGUUACUUCUUCCUUUGCUUCAAGGCAGGCGAACAUGCGCGACUUCAAAACUGGCCUGUCAAGGUCAUUCCACAGGGUUACGAACUACAGAAGAACCCAUACCCCGACAUGCAUGCGUUGUGCAAUGGCUUCAAGCUGAUGUUCAGCAACUUGAGUCAGGGACGGAGGUGA